AUGCCGUCCAGAGGAUCCAAGCUCGCUACCGCAGCGACAUUCGUCGCAUUCGCUUGUGUGGUCCUCGCUGAACUCAAGCCCAAAGUCUACGAUACCAAUGUUGCUUCGCUGAGCACUCAGGAGAUCGAAGACCAGCUGCAGCAAUGUCCCAUCAUCGAAUCUCUCACGGCCCAUAAACAUGCCACCGAACCUGCCACCUCUUCCUACCUUCAGCAAGCCUUCCAGGUCCUCUUUCCCUUCACCUCGCCUGCUCUGAACGCCCUCAUGGGCACCCUCUACAUCUCCGGACCUCCCAACUUCCUCCUUGCCCUCUGCCCGCCCAACAUCGACCCAUCCAGCUUAAACGUCAUGGUCGCGUUCGCCGUCGGAGGGCUCCUGGGCGACACGCUAUUCCACCUGCUGCCGGAGAUUUUUCUGGGCGAGGUGCCUGAGGGCGAGGUGAGGGCUGUGCUGGUGGAGCCGAACAAGAAUCUGUUGUUGGGAGUUGCGAUCAUGGUGGGUUUUGUCACGUUUGUGGCUAUGGACAAGGGAUUGAGGAUCGCGACGGGUGGGGAGGGUCAUUCGCAUGAUCAUGGGCAUGGACAUGAGUCGUCCAACGGGCACAUCGUAGACAAGGCUUCGUCUACGGGUUCCUCUGCGAAGGGCAACGAUACCCAACUCCGCCAGCGAAAGCAGGACCCCUCCAAGACGAACGUAGCCGCCGCAGCAGUCAAGGAGGACCCGAAGCCCUCCGUCAAGCUCUCCGCGUACCUCAACAUCAUCGCCGACUUCACGCACAACAUCACCGAUGGCCUCGCCAUGUCCUCUUCCUUCUAUGCGAGCCCUACGAUCGGCGCUACGACGACGCUGGCAGUUUUCUGCCACGAGAUUCCGCACGAAGUGGGAGAUUUCGCUCUCCUCAUUCAAGGUGGUAUGAGCAAGCGGACUGCGAUGGGUUUGCAGUUCGUGACUGCGCUUGGGGCUGUGCUUGGGACGGUCAUUGGGAUUGUGGUCCAGGAGCUGGGUGGUAAUUCAGCUUCAGUGGUGGACACGGCUGUUAGUGGCAACGCUGGCAUCUUCGGGACGAGCCUACAAUGGGGCGACAUGUUAUUGCCUUUCACCGCAGGAACGUUCUUGUACGUGGGCACUGUCGGCGUCAUCCCCGAGAUGCUCGAGACGGGCCCGAAUCGUUGGAAGGAACUGAGAAGCACUGCACUUCAAUUCUUAGCCAUGGCGGCCGGUGCGGGUAUCAUGCUUGGAAUCUCUUGGUCUUGA